AUGCGAAACAAGCUAAACAUUUCAAAACCAGAGUCUAACUCUUCAAAACCUUUACUUCAAUUAAAAUCAAAAUUAAAUCUAGAAAAUUCUGAUGAUUCGUCAAUUCCUGAAGGAUUAGUUCGCUGUGAAAUUUGUAAUCGCAACUUUUUAGAAGAUCGUAUAGCAAAACAUCAGCUCAUUUGCGAAAAAACUAAAGUCAAGAAGCGUAGGACGUAUGAUGCCGCUAAGAAAAGAGUUCAGGGAACUGAAGCUGAAAAUUAUGUAAUGAAACCGAUGUCAAAAGCAUGUACUCCAAAACCUGUUCCACUACCAAAGCCAAGUAACUGGCGUGCAAAACAUGCUGAUUUCAUCAAAACGAUUCGUAUAGCUAAACAAAUUCAAUCAUACGUUGACAAAGGUGGGAAGCUAUCAGAUUUACCACCACCUCCACCAAGUGAGAAUCCCGAUUACAUACAAUGUCCUCAUUGUUCUCGUCGAUUUAAUGAAGCUGCAGCUAAUCGUCAUAUACCAAUAUGUAAGAAUAUGCAACAUAAUAAACCAAAGCCUAAGCCAUCUAUCACAUCAAAAUCUUCAAAAUCUGGAAAUGCAAAAUCGUCUUCUAAAUCUUUCUCAAAACGUCGUUAA